AACACAACGCGGCUACUCGGAAUAAGAAUCAGACAGGGAACUUAACGUUAGGAGCACUUUCACAGGGGUUAGAAGACUUUGCUGAUAUGGCGGCCGCAGAGCAGUGGCUUCUUAUCUACCUGUCUUUGUUUUCCCUCAAGGAGUGGACUUCAGCUUUUAAUUUGGAUACGGAAAAUGUCAUCAAGAAAACCGGAGAUCCCUCCAGCCUGUUUGGUUUUUCCCUUGCUUUGCACCGGCAGCUAAAACCGUUAGAUAAAAUAAUGUUACUGGUUGGUGCUCCAAAAGCAAAAGGAUUUCCAGAGCAGAAAGCUAAUGUAGCAGGAGGAUUAUACAAAUGCCCUAUUACAGUUCAAGAGCAUGACUGUCGACGAGUCAUUUUUGACAACAAUGUUGACAUAACGCAGGAAAGCAAAGAGGAUCAGUGGAUGGGUGUGUCUGUGGAAAGCCAGGGUCCAGGAGGAAAAGUUAUGGUUUGCGCGCAUCGAUACGAGCUAAGGCAACACGUGAAUAAGCCAGAGGAGUCUCGUGCUGUGACCGGACAGUGCUAUAUUUUGAGCCAGGAUCUAGAAAAAGAAGUUGAUACAAAUGUGAGACUUUGUGCUGGGCGGCCACAAAGUCAUGAAAAGUUUGGUAUGUGUCAACAAGGCGUAGCUAGUGCUUUCACCAAGGGUGCUAAUUAUUCUGUGUAUGGAGCUCCUGGUGCCUACAACUGGAAAGGAAUUGUGCAUGUAGAAUCCAGAGAUACUGAGGAACCGAGUCUUGAUAUUGCGGACAGUAAUUUUGAUGAUGGACCGUAUGAAGUUGGUGAUGAAAAUAGGAGAGAUGAAAAACUGGUUCCUGUUCCUGCAAACAGCUAUUUAGGCUUCUCCCUGGACUCGGGCAAGGGAAUCACUUCACAGGACACAUUAACCAUUGUAUCGGGGGCACCAAGAGCCAACCACACUGGAGCUGUUCUUUUUCUAAAGAUGGAGAAACCAACGCGAAAUCUAAAGACUGAAUACAUCCUGGAUGGAGAAGGGCUGGCUUCGUCUUUUGGAUACGAUGUUGCGGUGGUAGACCUUAACAGAGACAGGUGGUUGGAUCUUGUUGUUGGAGCACCGCAGUUCUUUGAUAGAGAAGCAGAAAUUGGUGGUGCUGUAUAUGUUUACAUCAAUGAUAAAGGGAAUUGGAAUAACGCCAAUCGUAUUCGAUUGAAUGGUACUAAAGAUUCCAUGUUCGGAUUGGCUGUUGAGAAUAUAGGCGACAUUAACCAGGAUGGGUAUCCAGAUAUUGCUGUUGGAGUGCCAUAUGAUGGUAACGGCAAAGUUUACAUAUACCAUGGGUCUGUUACUGGAAUAAAUACAAAACCGGCCCAGAUCCUUGAGGUGAAAGAUUCUUCUGUCAGUCACUUUGGCUACUCUCUUGCGGGCAACAUGGAUCUAGAUGGGAACGGCUAUCCUGACAUGGCUGUUGGAUCACUUAGUGAUGCGGUCUUUAUGUACAGGGCUCGGCCUGUUAUAACAAUUGAGAAAGAAGUUGUUACUGAUCCCAAGGAUAUUGAUAUUAAUAAAAAGAAUUGCCAGAAUAACGAGAGAAUUUGUGUGAACGUAAAGAUAUGCUUUAAGUACAAAGCUUUCUUCAAAGAUUUCAAUCCAACGAUAAAAUUGGACUACCAGCUUGAAGCUGAUAGUGAAAGAAAGAAGCUGGGUCUGAAAUCAAGAGUCUCCUUUGAAGAUCAAGAGCCUGAGCAGAGUGAUCAGUUUUCGGGCAGCGUUGAAUUAAAAGGACAAAGUGACGAGAAGUGUGUCUCUUCUACCCUUAAGUUUCAGAGCAGUAUCAAAGAUAAGCUGCGUCCUCUUCCCAUAUCAGUUGGGGUGGUGAUCAAUCAGUCUCGGCGCAAGAAAAGGCAGAAACCUAGUUUAAUGAAUUUGCCUCCUGUCCUUGAUCAGAGUGAACCUUUUGUUACAAAGGUCCAGUUUAUGAAGCUAGGUUGUGGAGCUGACAACAUUUGCCAGAGUAAUCUUCAACUAAAGUAUCGGUUUGGUUCCGGGAUUCAAAACCAACAGGACAAAUUUGUUCCUUUACCCAUGGAGAAUAAUUUACCAGUAUUUAAACUAAGUGACCAGAAGGAUAUAGUGCUGGAAAUAACUGUCUCUAACAAGCCAUCAGAUCCAAAAGACCCGGACAAAGAUGGGGAUGAUGCGCAUGAGUCUCAGUUGAUUGCAACAUUUCCAGAUACGUUGACUUACUCUGCGUAUCGAGUCAUGUCAACUCAAAAUCCAGACAAAGUGUCGUGCACAGCCAAUCAGAAUGGGUCUCAAGCACACUGUGAAUUGGGAAACCCUUUGAAGAGAGGAUCAGAGGUGACUUUCUACUUGAAGAUGAGUACUGCUGGAAUUACCCUGAACACCAGAAACCUGAGCAUCAAUUUACAGCUUGAAACGACCAGUGAACAGGUUAAUCGGGCAUAUGUUGCUACUGCUCAAGUAGUGAUCGAACUGCUUUUGUCUGUAGUUGGUGUUGCAAAACCAUCCCAGGUGUACUUCGGAGGUUCAGAAGUAGGUGAAAGUGGUAUCAAGACUGAGGAGGAUGUUGGAAGCUUGAUUCAGUAUGAGUUCAGGAUUAUCAAUUUGGGAAGAUCGCUUAAAACUCUGGAUGAUGCUUGGCUGCAAAUCAUGUGGCCAAAGGAGAUCGCGAAUGAAAAGUGGCUACUCUAUUUGACGAAAAUGAGCUCAGAAGGCAUCAAUCAUGGAGCCUGUCAGCCUCAAGAAGAAAUUGACAAACUGCGUUUAAAGGGAAUUCGGAGUCAAACAAGAAAGAGAAGGGAACUCAAGAGCAAUAAAAAUAAUCCAGUAUUGCCGUCUUUAUUUUCUUCUCAAAGAAAGUACAGAACCCUGGAAUGUGGCGACAGUCAGAGUGCAAAAUGUGUUAAUAUAAAGUGUCCCCUCAAAGGCCUCGAUAGCAAUGCAUUUCUGGUCUUGCAUUCACGAAUAUGGAACACUACUUUCCUGGAGGAAUUUUCCAAACUGAACUAUCUUGACAUCAUUGUUAAAGCAAUGAUAACUGUUGAAUCAAAGGCCAAAAACAUUGUGGUUAAGAAUUCAGAAACUAAGGUACGGGUUACAGUGUUUCCUGAAAAAACAGUGAGCCAUUACUUCGGAGUUCCUUGGUGGAUCAUUUUUGUUGCCAUCCUGGUUGGAAUUUUGUUGCUGGCACUUUUAAUAUUUUUAUUAUGGAAGUGUGGAUUUUUUAAACGUUCCCAUUAUGAAGACAAUGUUCCAAGGUACCACGCAGUUCGAAUCCGGAAAGAAGAACGACAACCCUUUGAGGAUGAAAAAUUAAGCAAGAAACAAGACAAGAAACAAUGGAUGACAACCUGGCAGGAAAAUGAGAGUUACUCCUAAGACUAUUUUUCCCCAAGAGUGCUUGAAACAAAUUCAGUUUAGAACUCCAAAGCAACUCAUCCAUUUUGGUACUUCUUAACGGUGCACUGCUUUUUCUGCAACCGAGGAUGGUUGUUGGUAAUGCAGAAGUCUUUUGGCUCUGCAUAUGUAGCUCAGUGUACCUUGCUCCUUUACAUCCAGAAUACCUUUUGGUGUAUAUGGCUUUUAGACUGUGCUUCAAGUUUGGUGCUGAAGAUGUGCCUGACACAGCAAGUGCACAGCAGUAUGGGAUUGAAUUAGUGUCUGCUUCAGAAGAUGGGUGUGAAAACAGACUUCCAAUUAAUUUCAAUAACAUUUUGGCUUUAGCCUUUAUUAAAAUCUGUAGCAGACUAUAAAUUUUUAACUGAUAUGGCCAGGACCAAAUAAGCAGAGAUAUAGCCCAGUGCAUGGAAAAAAAAUUGUAUAGUUUUAUAAAUAGUUAUAUAUUAUAGAAUGUCCUGGUAUUUAUUUUGUCAUAAAAUUGUCUCUUUCAUAAUUAGUAGACCACAGAUUUCUCUUCAAGGAGGGAAAGUGUUUUAAAUGUAGAAAUGAACUACAUAUAGCUCUGUUCAAUAUUUUUUAAUCCAGGUAUAGACUUGAAUUAAAUGGGCAUAACAUCUUGAAGAGCUGACUAUUUGCUUAUAUUUAGCUUUAUUCAGAAUAACAUUAUUUGCCACAUAUUACUGAAAAAGGGAGGCAAAUAUUUAAUGUACUUAAGGAGCAUGUUGUAUAGCAUUUGUCCCAAAAAUCCCAAUUUGUUACUUUUUAUUACAAGGGGAUAAAUGCCCCUGGACUUUAAUAGUUAAGACUGCUGUAAUAACUUAUUUGUGUGCAUUGCAAAGGAAAGUACAUAUGUGGAGUUUGCCAUCUGUAACAGAACAAAUUACAAAUAAUAUUAAAGUAUUUUAUGGCUGAGAACAGGAAGAUGGUGACAAAUAGUAUCUAUUACACUGGAGGAAGGAAAUGGGGUGACAGCCAGCUAAAGGUACUAACCCAGAUAGUAUAAGAAUAGAUUCCCCCACCCCCCCAAUUACUAAGGCUUAUUGGGAAGACGGUAUCUAUGGCCAUGUUAGAGACUUUGCAAUACCCACUGAAUGUGGAAGGAUUUGUCUUUCAGUCAAAGGCUAACUUUUUUACUUGUACUUUGGGUAUGGCUUGUAGGCUGCUUGUUUGAUUUUGUGGAUGUGUUAUCCCAGGUUAUCAUCUAUGCUGUCCAUUUCAGUAUUGUGAUAUCUGUAAAUUCAGUAUUAUACUCUUUAAUUGAUGCAUGAAUAUUUACAUACUAUCUGAAGGAUAGAAUGUAAAUUACCUUGGUUCUGACCUGUGGAUUCAUGUUUGAAUCUUUCUUGAAAAUCAGCAGUGUGUUUCAGUGAAUAAAUCUGAUGGGGAAGAGUUCCAGCUUUGAACUACUUUUCUUCAACCUUAGUAUUUUGUGUAGAGGUUCAGCAUUUACUUUUACAUUUCUUCCUUUUACUGAUAAGUUUUACCAUUUUUAACAAACAGGUAACCAUUUGGCAGUUAUUUUCUAUAAUGCAUUUUGGAUUUUCCAGUACCCUUCAUCAACAUUCUUUUGUAAUAAUGAUACUUAUUCUGUAAUUUUUUUUAGUUUCUAAAUUCACAUGAUAUUGGAUUCAUUAUUAUUGUCUUUUGUCUCAUUUUGCAUAAUCUAGCAAUUUCUCCAACCAAAUAUUUACACCAAAUUUUUUAUAUUAGCAGCAGAAUCAAGGGAAGUAUUAGUUUUUUAAAUUAAAAAAAUUGUUUCUUUUGUGAGGUUAUUUUUUUUUAAUGGUUGCUUGAUUUGUAGCAGGAUAAAUGAGGCCCCAUUUUGUUAUUUAUCAGAUGAGCACAUGCAGGUAUUUCAAAACUUCGAAGAUUUUAAAAAAAAAGUUGAUUAUCGAUUUCUGUUUUCUCUUGAAGCAAACAUAUUGAUAACAGCAAGAAGAAAAUGCACAUUUGUUCCUUAACAUUUCAUGACUAUUUUUGCAACCUAAAUCAUAAUUUGAGGUUUCUCCACUUGGGAUUUAACAUUGUAAGCCAAAUUAUUUUUCAAUUUCCACUGUUUCACUUCCUCUUCACUGAAGUGUAGUUUCACUAUUGCCAGUCAACUUCCAUCAAGUUUUUGGGCAUUCUUCAUUUGCUCUAACACGACAACCUCUGUAAAGAAGUGAGGGAAGCAACUGCUGGGAAGGGAGGAUGGCAUUAUGGUUAAACCUGUUCCCACGUGGGGUUGACAACAAUGUUUUCCACCAUUGGUCAGGGAAAAUGAAUGUGAACUAGAAUAAUUUUCCCUUUCCGUAUCCUGGGAAAACGAAGUCAAUUAAGAAUGAUGUGCACUGACCAAAACUGGCCAACAUUCCUUCAGUUUUUUUUUUAAACAGCUGUGUGGGCCCACCAUUGCUGGAAGCCGGAAAUUUUUACACAGCCUGAAAAUGGCGGAGCACUUUAAAUGACUUUUUUUGCAAUAUGCAUACUAUGAAUAUUUAGAAUGAAAAUUGAAAAAUCCCAUCUUUUGAUUUUAUAUUAAUUGAAGGUAUGAUGAAAUGCAGUACAACAAAGAAUCUUUUACAUUUCGUAAAUUUUUAAAAACUUAAAUGGUAUUGGUGCUCAGCUUAUUAACAAUGAGACUUCCAUUCUGUGUUUAUUGCUACACUUUGUAACAGUGUUUUUACCUGAAACACUGACAAUGUAAAUAUGUUGAAACUUUCAAAUACUUCAAAGUAAAGGUUUUGGUACAAAAUUUGUCGAUAAUAAUUAGCACAGUAUAUUUGUUAAAUGCCCUGUAAUUAAUUAAGAUUUCAAAGUCAUCAGCAUAAUUUCAAAAUUUUAUCAAUAUUAUAUUAAAGAAUAUUUCAGCUGAGCCACAACAAAGGCUGUGUGUGCAGGAGCAUUUCAGUUAUGUGCUACCGCACACUGGCGCAACUUAGAGGGAACAGUGUUGGACAAGUAGCUGUAGGAUUCAACGCACUAUGAAGCGUCUUUUAAAAAAGAUUUUUUAAAAAGCCUUUAGAAUAUUUUAAAAGGCCACUCUUGCAAGUUUCAGAAGACACUGAUAUGGGUAAUCAGUUGCAUUAAUGAAAAUAAUUUGAUAAUUCUUUCAAUAUGAUAGUAAAUUGAAUUUUUGAAUGUUUCACUUCUGCUGCAAGGGGUGCUAGCCUACGAUUUCAAGUUCAAAAUUUCUUCUAUAUGUUGCAUUGUUUCAGGGCAGUUUGAUUAUUAAACUUCACAAACUAAGCUUAUUAAAAUUACUACAGCCUUACUGCUUACAACUGCAGAUUAAUAUGGCACUGCAUUUGUGAAUGUGCUUAUUGAGAAUGUUAUCUUUUUGAUCAUGGAUGAGCACAAAAUUCAACUUUGGCUAUUUGAGCAAACUUCCAAAAAGACCACUUGUCUCUUUUUUUUAAACCAUUUGAAAUAAAGUUUGUUGAAUGCAGUUUCUGUACAUCGAUUUCUUAAAAUCACAAAUUAGAUGAUACAGUAAGGGAGAAAUGUGGUUUGGCUUUCAGAUAGCACCUUUCAACAUCUCAGGAUCUUCCACUGCACUUGACAAUAGAGUACUUAAAAGUACAUCCUCCUGUAAGAAAAUGCUGCAUCCGAUAGUGCAACAGCUGAGGGAUGACUGACUGAAGACAGAG